UGUAAAAUUUGUAAACAAACGAAAAUCGAAAUACUUUCUACAAACACUUCACUUUGUAUAGAAAGACUGAUAAUGAAACAGUUUAUCAGAAACAAAUCCCUUUCUACUAGUACAACGUGAAUAAUAGUUUCAUUUAGGAGUCGGAACGAGUAUUCACGGUGAAGAUGAAGAAAACUGAAAGUCUACGAACCUACGGUAGACAUCGAAACCGGCGUAUUGUAGCCACAGAUGUGUGGCUUUCUGACCAAGAGAAAAAGCAUGGUGUGUUCAGCACAUCAUCAGAAAAUGAAUGCUCCACAAGUAUUUUUCACAGCAGUAGCAGUAGUUGCCAAGAUUCCCUCAACGCAACGGGUGACAACAGCUUCAAGCCGGCUGCCAAAAACAAGAAAACUACAAGGAAAGUACAGCAAGCAAAAUCUACUCGAAACAAAGAAAACAAAUUACAGACCGACAGAAGACAAAAGGACAUCAAGAACUGUCAAGCGACAAAAUCGGGUAUAUUUGCAUUGUCUUCUUCAAGUGAAAAUAGUUCAUUGGCAUCAGAAAAUGGAAUAUCUCGACCCGCACUUCGAGACAGGAACAAACAUGUAGACUACAAUGACUCCCUUAACCUCAAAAAACAGCUGAGAGGGACAACUGCAAAAAGAAAACGACCUGUGCGUAUAUGUGUGCAGACAAAAUGCAAUAAUUCAUCUAUGAAUUUUAGUGACUUUGAUGAUUACUAUCUGUGUAUUGACUCACCAAGUGAUGUCGUUAAGAAGUCAAAUAGACAAUCUAUGGAUACUAGUACCCCAGUCGUCAAGAGGACCAGAGCAGCAAAAAAUGUUCAAAAGGUGACAAAUUUGUCGCAUAUAGAAAACCUUGAGAGUCCAAUCUCUGAUACCGGCUAUAAUUCUGUUCAGACACCAGAAAGUACACACUCCCAGAGUGUGUAUGAAACGCCAUCUGUCGUCUCCUCUCAGGGAAGCAGAGUUAAUGAUGAUAACUUGUCAGAAGUAAAUGCUGAUGACACUGGUAGAAAAGCUGUUGUUCAGCUUAAAAAGUUGGCUGAUAGUUUUGUGGCUUAUGCUACAAGUGAUAGUGCCAAAUCUCAUGCUUUUAAAAGUCGUCGUAAAGAUGUACUUGAGGACCAAAGUUAUGAUAAUUCAAAAAGUUUGUUCAGUGGAGUUGGUGCAGCUUUGUCUUGUUCACCAUGUGACUCUAAGAAUCAUAGGUUGACAAGAGCUACAGCACAACGUAGAGGAGUUAAACCGGAAAGGAUUUGUUUAGAUGACAGCAAUGAGGAAUCUGUUAAUGAAACAGAUGAAAUAAGUCAUGAUGAACACGAAGAUGAUAAUAUUGAGGUUUCUGUUGGAAGCGAAAGCACUGAAGAUGAUGAAGAGGACUAUCAUACAUCUGAAGGUGAAACUGAAGACUUAAGUGCAAUAGCUGAAGGUGAAGAGAUAUCGGAAGAGGAUGAAAGUGACACCGAAUGUGUUGAAAGUGAUGGCAGUGAAGAAUAUGAAACAGAAAGUGAUUCUGAGCAGUCCAGUGAGUUUGGUAGGGAAACUCGAAGCACUAAAAAGACUUCAGGAACAGAAAAAGACAAAGCUUUCGAAAGACUUUCAGAAAGCCUUUUGUCAAACCAUGUUAUUGAAAGACGUUCCACAAGAAAUACAAGGAAAACUAGACAUAGAGAUUCUGAUCUUCAUGACAUUUCUGAUAUUACUGAUUUGUUAGAGAUGUCGCAUAUUGAUUCAAGUGACUCCAACUGUACUUUGUACAUGCUAAAUGAAGACAGUACGUCAGUUUCUAGUAAACAUAGUACAGGGAGGCUUUCUGGGCAUACUGAGGAGGAAGAGGUGGAAGAGGAGAGAAGUAGUGAGGAGGAAGGGAGUGUUGAUGAGGCUAAAUUGGAAGAUGAUGUUGAAGAGGAAGAAAGAAAAUCAGUGCUUACUAAACAUCGUACAAGAAGGCUUUCUGGGCAUACUGAGGAGGAGGAGGUGGAGAGUAGCAGUGGGGAGGAAGGGAAUGAUGUUGAUGAUGAAAUGGAAGACGACGUUAUUGAAGAGGAGGAGGAUAUUGAAGAAGAUAAGGAUAUAGAGCCGAUGGAGGAGUCGCUGCACACCCCAGCCAGGAAGAAGUACUGCCUGAGGGAUAAAUACCUGGAGGACCUUCAAAACUCAUUCUCCGAAAUACUGACUCCAGUGCGUAGAAAAAGCAGUCUAGUUCCAUUGAGUGCCCAGGCGCGAGUGUUCCUACUGUGUGACCAGACAGAGCCAAUCACAUUCAAGGAUGCACUGCCUGGAAGGAUGAUGUCCAAGUGUCGGAAGAUUGGAGAAGGUGUGUAUGGGGAGGUGUUCCGCAGCACGGGAGCAGACAACAAAAAUGUGGCUAUAAAGAUAAUCCCUAUUGAAGGUGACUUUGCAGUGAAUGACGAGCCUCAGAAGAAGUUUGGGGAGAUCCUUCCGGAGAUUGUCAUAGCCAAAGAGCUGAGCAACCUGCGAACAAGUAAGGGCUCCAUGACCGCGAGUUUCUGCGAGGUGAACGAUGUGUCAUGUGUGAGGGGAAAAUAUCCAAAGGAGCUUCUUACACAGUGGGACACGUUCAACAAAAACAAGUCCUCAGAGAAUGAUAGGCCUGAUAUGUUUGGUGAUACCCAGCUGUUCAUCGUGUUUGAGUUUGCUGACUGUGGCUCUAGUCUUGAGUCUUACGAGUUUGAAACUAUCAGCCAGGGAAAAAGCGUUUUGACACAAGUGGCCUAUGCGCUAGCCGUAGCCGAAGAGAAAUUACAAUUUGAACACAGAGAUUUGCACUGGGGAAACGUGCUGGUUCGCCCCACGGAGGACGAGGUCAUAACGUUCCAGCUUCUCGGGAAAACAUACGAGGUUCCCUCCAUGGGGGUGGAGGCCAGUGUGAUAGACUUCACUUUGUCACGGCUUACGAAAGAUGGUUGUACAGUGUUCACAGACCUGUCAGUUGAUCCGGCCCUUUUCGAAGGAAAGGGCGAUUACCAGUUUGACAUCUACCGUCUGAUGAAGGAAGGCAACGGAAACCAGUGGAAGAAGUUUGAAGCCCGAAGUAAUGUUUUAUGGCUCCACUAUCUGGCAGACAAGCUCAUCUACGCGACCCGCUACCCAAGCCAGUCUGGGCGGCAGGAUCGAGAUGUCAUACGCCAAUUUCGACAGUUUACAGCCUCAAUGCUGAACUACAACAGUUCAGUGGAAAUGGUGGUGGAUGCACUGUUCCUGAACUCGUGACAGGGGCAUUUUUGUUUUAAUGGGCAGUCAUUGUUUAUGAAAUGACAAGCAAUGAUUUUAUUUAUAUUGGGUGCCCAUACUCUGGGUUUUUGAAACACGAGAUACGAGUGGUUUGGAGCAGAAAUGUAUGUAAAAGAUGUACUGAAAUUGGCAUUGUGACUGGAGAAAUAAAGCUGUCAGUCAGCUAGUAAAGUGUCAUCAAGCUUUCAGGGACUGACUUCAAUGUUGGAAUAUCUAGGAUAUGAAGGAUGUCCAAAUUCCUGGUUUCUGAAAGUGAUUUGCAGCAGAAAUGCAUUUAAAAGAUGGUCUGAAAUUGGCCGUUCGGUACCAGAGAAAUUGAGCUGUUCAGUCAGCUAAAAAAGAUGCAACAACCUUUUUGUGACACAUUCCAGGAGUGAAUUCAAUGUUGGAAUAUUUUCAAAGGACUUGAAACCAUGAAAGGUCAUCUGAGACAAUAGGUAGAGAUGCACCUUAAAUGACUGCAGAGAAAAAAAUGGAAUUUGUAUCUAGCCUGGUUGCGUUUUAUGUAUUGAUAGUGUCAAAGUACAAUGAAAAAGGGUAAUUGCUAAAUUGCUGCUGAAAAGUUCAUACCAACUGGUUUCGGCAGACUGGUUACUGCUGGUGGGUCGCUGCUGACUGGUUGCUGCCUAUCAAUUGCUACUGACUGGUUGCUGCCAAUCGAUUGCUACAGACUGGUUGCUAACAACCGGUUGCUGCAGACUGAUCGCUAUCUACAGAUUGCUACCGACUGGUUGCUUCUUACUGUUUGCUACAGACUGGUUGCUAAUGACCGAUUGCUACUAACUGGUUGCUGCCGACUGAUUGCUACCAACCGAUUGCUACCGACUGAUUGCUGCCAACUGGAGAACUCUAUAGAGCAGGCUGAGUCUGUGAAGUGUUUUUUUCUUGGAGUUAAAAACUUUCUUUUGAUCAUGGUUAACAGGAACGCUGUGUUGAAGCUUUUAACAAUGAAGAUUUGUUUUUACUUCGGUGAGCUGUUGAUGAUUUAUUCUUAUCUUGUGGAAUAGAUUUGUUUGUUUUUAAUGAAUGCAUUAUAAUUUUUUUAUUUUCGUAGACAUGCCAAAAAACAGGCAGAACAUGAAAAAAAUUACCAUGUUAAACAUUGUUUUAUUAUAUAUUGCUGUUUCAACUGUUCAUAUUUAUUUUUUUUAUCUCAAUUCUGCAUGUACAUUAGAUCAAUUUUAGUACAGUUGAAACCCAUUGCCUCAAUAUCGCUUAGCUUGAUUUCCUUGUUGGCUCGAACUUGAUGUAAUGGACAGAUUUUAUUUACUCUGUAAGCAUUUCCACUCGGCUCAAUAUUUGUGAGACUCAAAGUACUUUGGCUGGACCCUGGGAUAUCAAGCCAAUGGACUUCGACUGUAGUUUGAUGAUGCAAUUUGUAUUACUAUGUAUAUGAGACUAUUAAUUAUGUAAAACUAGGGUUUUAACUGGAGUUAUGGAACCAGGAAGGGUGCUGUAAGUUAACUUCUGCUUAUUUGAUAGCCCCCCUCAGGCCUUAUGGAGACAAGCAAGUCUACCCUUUUGCCUUCAUGGCAUGAUAAAAACUUUUAUGAUAAUUAAUACUUUUACAUAUUUGGCAGUUGAAACCAAAUAAACACAAUUCCUAACAUUUUCUGUCACAAUCACAUAAUAAUCAAGUCCUUUAAAGUCUGAUAUAAUGUGCCUUUUUCUCCCUUAGCACUCUCUCCCUAUUCUGCAAUACAGUCCUUUUUAAAACCUGGUUAAAACCCUAGUAAAACAUUUUGGCAGCUUUUUUAUGAAUGACAAAAUAAAGAUUAUGUGUUACUUAUAAAUAUAUUGCUUCUAAAUAAAUAUUGACUGAAACUUAACUUGAAUGUGCAAAGAUCAAAUACUGUAUAUUGAAUUGUAUUUUGUCCAUGGUCUGAAUUUCCAAUAAUUCUAUAUAUAGCAAUGCCCCAGUUGUUGGUACCUUCGUGAAUGUGUAAUGAUAACAGUAUUUCUAUUUUGAGCAAUAUGUGUAAUACUGAUGUUUUGUUUUGUAAAUUUAUUAAAAAGAAACAUCAACGCAACACUUUUUCAACACAUAACAA